GUUUGCCUGUAUCUGCAGGGCGAACAGCGAGCUCACGUCCUGGCGCAGAUGGUCGAAAGGCUUCGCCCGGGAGGUUUCCUAGUGAUUGGGGGCAAGGACCAUUUGCCAAAUGGCUUCUGCGAGAAGAACUGUCUCAUCGAGGUGGAUUACCGGGCUGAGGAGAUUGGCCUCGGCGACGUGAGGUGCAUUUUUCAGAAGUCUGGCGGCGCUGCGCUCAACUCUAAAGCGGCGGACAGGCGAGGAAGGGCUCCGUGCUACUCGCAGUACAUCCGAUCCCUCGGCAGCGAGCCGUACUGGGUGGCCGAGAGGCGGCGCCUGGAGCGCCAGCGCUUGGCUGUCCAGAUGAGCCAAAAGAGCCGCGACCUGCUGAAGCGGGCCGUGCAGGAAGGCCGGCGGCACUGCGAGAGCCCUGUCACAAAAGAAAGUACAGCUGGGAAAUACGAGCAGAGCCCGGUGGAGAAGAGCCCGUCGAUGCCAAAGGAGGAGCGAGAGCUCCGAUUGCAAAGCUUCUUGCAGCGCUUGGAGAAGGACCUGGCAGAACGUGGCCGCAAGUCCUUGAAGGCGGAGCUCGAAAGAUUGGACUGCCUCCUACCUGGAUUGCCCAAGCUGAAGGGCAAGAGAAAGAAGAAAAGAAAGAAGAGGAGGAGGAAGAAAGCAAAGCAAGGAACUGUGCCUGCAGCUGAAGAAGCUUUGGACCAGGCGGAGCAGGCAGAGCAUGAGCGGGAGGAGGACGAGGACGAUGAUGCCAGGGAUGAAGACCUCACACCCGAUGAGGACAACUUCGACAGCAUCCUUUUUGCUGCAGCAGGGGGUCUAAGGCCUCUGGAGGUCUGCAAUUCUUCUGAAGCAAUGCAGACCGGGCUUCACAGUGAGGAAGCAGCGAGAGUGCGCCUGGUCGAAGGCACGCCACUGUGCUUUGCUCCGGUCCUGCUGCUUCUACUGCCAGGAUCCGCCGAAUCCCUGCUGUCGACGCUGCGCGUCGCUUUCCGAAGCCACAUUGUAGGAUCGCCAAUUAUCCAAUCGCCACGCUUCCUUCAGCCAUCCUUCGAAGCAUUGCCGCGGGAAGUCCCUAAGACGACAUUUGAACCGCAACGACCAUGCCCGAGAGUGUUUGCCGCCAGCGAUUUCAAGGUGGUCCCCAUGGAGGGUAAGGGCUACGGCGUUGUGGCCGGACGGAGUGUCAAAGCUGGUGAGAAACUCUAUGAAGAGCCGCCGGCUUUGGUCGUGAACUCGGAGGACUCUAUGCAAGUGCAGCUGUUCCAGACGGUGGCUGCGGCCGUGUUCGUCGUGGUCAACGUCUUGCUCGCGAUUUUCGGGGCAGGUCUUGCAGUGCCAAUUCUCUGCGGUGCUGGCGGCGUGUAUCUCUGGCUCAGGAAUUCUGGCGAUGAUUUGUUGGUUCCCGAUGAGCUGAAGGAGCAAUGGGAAGCUCUCCCCGCCGAGAAACGUGCAGCUCUUGCGAGCUUGAGCGACUGCUCAGCUGGAAAGAAGACCCUGAGUGGGAUCAUUGACACCAAUGCCUUCUCUCGAGGAGCCAGUGCUACUUCGUCGUCUCUCGUGGUAUGUCCAACAUUGGCCAGGUUGAACCACUCGUGUUCACCCAACUGCCAGCAGUCCUGGGACGGGACCUCUGGCACGGAGAAGCUUUAUGCGAUGUGCGACAUUCGCGAAGGAGAGGAGCUUUGCAUCACCUACUGCGACCUCAGGAAACCGCGUGCAGAUCGGAAAGAAGAGCUGAGACUGAAGUAUGGCUUUGACUGCACCUGCCCAGCAUGCUCAUCCUCGGAUUGCUCGCAAAGCGACAAAAACCGGGUGGCUAUCGCAAGGCUGGAGGAGGAGCUUUGCCGUGAGGGCCCUGCAGACCCUGAGCGUGGCUUGCGCUGUGCAGAGCAGCUUCUGGCAACCAUUGACGAAGAAGGCCUGUCGGACAAGAUGCUUCGAGGUUUGGCCUGCUAUGAGGCCAUGGAGAUGGCUUUGCGCCUUGGCGAUGAAGAGGCUGUGAAAAGCUGGGCAAACAAGGCAGAGCUUUACAUCAGCCAGGCUCGUGGUGCGGAGAACGGUCUAGCACAGGAGGCAGCCAAGUGCGGUGAAAGCCCAAAGCAGCAUCCUCUGUGGGCUGAGAAAGCAGCAGCCUCCUCGCUGGGGUAA